GCGCGGCGCGGGCGGCGGCGCCGGCCCCGCAGGCAUGCGGCGGUAUGGCGGGCGAGGCUGCGGGCACUUCGCGCGGCCUCCGAGUAUACAAGAUUGUGGUGCUCGGCGACGGCGGUGUCGGCAAGUCCGCCGUCACACUCCAGUUCGUCAGUCACAGUUUUCUGGACUACCAUGACCCCACUAUAGAGGAUUCGUAUCAGCAGCAGGCGGUGAUAGAUGGAGAGCCUGCUCUGUUGGAUAUUUUAGAUACAGCUGGACAGGUGGAGUUCACAGCCAUGCGCGAGCAGUACAUGCGUUGCGGGGAGGGCUUCGUGCUAUGCUACUCAGUGACCGACCGGCGGUCGUUCCGCGCGGCUGCCGAGUACCGCCGGCUGCUAGCGCAGGCGCGGCCCGCAGAACGACUGCCGAUCGUACUUGUUGGAAACAAGCUGGAUUUGGCACCACGUUUUAGACAAGUCAGUACAGAGGAGGGGAAAGCAUUGGCUACCCAGUUCGGCUGCCCGUUUUUCGAGACGUCCGCGGCGCUGAGGCAUUUCGUUGACGAUGCUUUUCAUGCCCUCGUCAGGGAAAUCAGGAGGCUUGAACGACAACGACAGUCCUCAAUAAUGGGCACGGGGAUCUCGACAAGUGGCGGGCGGAGGCGCUGGCGGCGCUUACGAAGCAUAUUCGCCCUCGUCUUCCGCCGCAGAAGACGGAACUUACCUUCGCCUUGACUCCGCGGUGUUGGGUAAGUACGCAAGCGAAUGGCGGUUGACAAGAUAGCUUCAAUAUAGGGUCGGUUGUGGUGGAAGAUUAUGAUAAGAUCCUUAAAGCAACGGCAUGGCUCCCACAUUUGCACGUCUUUUAAAAUUUGAGAUAUGUUUAUGAAUGGGAAACUUUUAUAAUAUACAACUGACCUUAUAACCGUUAACGCUUAUUAGCAAGUCUUCCGGCGUGCCCCAAAAGCAAUAAUAAUCAUAGAAAUAUACAAUGGAUGUUUUAUUAGAUAUAAAAUCUAGAUUUAGUACGUAUUUAUAGUUCUAGGGUAUUAUUGAAUUGACUUGGUGUAUCUUUGCAGACAUUAUUAGCGAAAUUAAGGGUGUCACCACAGUUUUUAAAGUAGAAUCGGCUCGAGCCGGUCACAAAAAUCUUUGUCCAAGCAAUAAGAGCGAAAACGACAUUUCGUCGACACGAAACGCACAGCGUCUUUUUUGGUCUUUCGUAACGUAACACCUUUUUCUGGUCAGCUUAAUGCGAUUCGGUGAUGAUAAAUGUGGUAUGUCCCUUAUUGUAAAGACGCAAAAAACACGUUGGUAGUUGCAUUACUUAGGCCCGUAUUAAUAAACAGCACUUAAGACGAACUUUUAUCGUGGUUACGUAGGCUUUGAAGUGUGUGAGAUGUGGAGAAAGUAAUUAUACGAUAUUUAAACAUUUGCCUUUGAGAAAUAAAAUAUCCUCUCAGUCCGUUUACAUAUUUAUCAACUGAGGAGAUAAAAUUUCAUGAAUGUAUAGUCUGUCUUUUUUGAAAAUAGAUUAAAAUGACAUUUAAUUGCGCAAAAGUGUUGCCCGCUUACAAGCAACUAGUGUUUGCAGUUGAUAAACUUGGUACUUGGUGUAACGGGCUAGUGUCCGCAACUCGACGUCAAGGCGCCUAUUUUGCGUGUGGAGUUGAUAAAUAUUCUAUCGACUGAAUGUUGGUUACGCGUGCAAUAAGUAGCCGAAUUUGUUUCAUGUCAAUAAUCAAGGUACAAGCACAGGUUCAUAUAAAUUGUCAAUUUUUAUAGUUUUAUACAUACAUACGCUGCAUUUAGAAUUACAUAUGUCUAUUAAAAAUACAAAGAGAAGACAUAUUUUAAAGUUUUUAAUUUUAUCAGCAAAUUUUUGUUAAAAUGUAUAUGAAUAAAAAUCAUAAAAUGUAAUACUGGCAUACUAGGCCAGCUGUCAAAAUAAUAAUAAAGAAAGCAAUAACGCAAUUAGUAAUCAUUAGAACGUCGUAACAUUCACAAUUCAAACAUUUUUGUCAAAAUUUUACCUUCUUUCACAAUUUAUCGAAAAAACUGUCGACAAGAACUACAUGUCUAUUUAAAUUUUUAUGAAAACUGGCAACCCUGCAAAUGUCAUUUUACUCCGCUUUCAAAAAAACAGACUAUAGUGAAAACGUACAUAUUACGGAACUUUGUGAUCUUUUUAUCGAGUGAAGAUUAGUUAAUCGUGUUUCAGGCUUCAUGGUUCACUACCGGUACCUUCUGUUUACAUAAUCAAUUAAAAAUGAAGUUGAAUUCGUAUUUUUUAAUGUCGAAAAACCGAUUUUCCUUGUGGUCGAAAUACGUUAAAUGAAGUUUUCUUUGAACGUUACACAUAGGAAAUGAAACUAUUUCUUCCGAUUUUAAUCGUGUAUAUUUGUUUUUCAAACAAUAAAAGUUUAGGGCCCUUUAUGGGUCCCAUUGCUUGGGUGGUUGGUUGAAUGACAAUUAUUCUCUUCGUUUCCGAAAAAAUAGUUUUAUUUUCUAAAUUAGUUCUGGUCCAGGGAGUUGUGGGUAAUGCUCUAAUUAGUGUGGUUGUCUGGCACUUUAUUAUUAUUACAUUAAGAUUUAAUAUCGUUCCUACAUUUAUUAACACAGGCCUUAGAAUUUGACUAUUAUAGUUCCAUAUAAUUUAUACCAGCAAUAAUAAAUAUUAAUAAUAAUAAAAUGAUAAAUAUGCACGCAAAAGUUCGUUCUUAUCGGUUAUGAAUUACUUUUUUAACUAUGUACAAUCGUUUGGUGCAAGAAUAAAACCCCUUUAAAAUCCUACUAUAAGAUACUUUCGCACGCUAAUCAACACAUUUCAAGUCAAUUCACAGGUACUCGCCACAUUGAAAUAAAAAAUCAACUACGUGCAUAGUGGAAUCUCAAAUCUCUUUUGAAGAAAAUGAAAGAGAAUUGAUAAAUGAGAUUCUGGUUUGUAUUCAUAUUUCCUAUAGAGGGACUUUGUAGCAAUUCCAGAGGACGUCACAGCAAUAAUUCUUUUCCAUAGCCAAAGUAUUUUUUUAAUGUGGUUUAUUUUUUAUUGAUUCGAUGUUUUAUUGCUAUAUUUGUAAAAGAGAGACAGCUUAUUUGAAAAAUGAUAGUGUGCAAUAGUUUUUUUUAAAUUGUCUAUUUCUAAUCACUGUAAAAGUUUUCAAGGAAAUAUUGAAAUUGGAAGAAUUUGAAAAAAUCCGAGAACUGAGGAAAUAAUUCAAUUCUUUAUUGUUAUUUUUAACGCCUGUUGUUUUAAUCAUUAUCAUAUUUAAAUUGUUCUUUUAUGCGUAUUUAACGUGACAAUUUUUAUUAGACGAGUAUUCCAGUAUACUCGAAUACUCAAAUAAUAAAAAAAUGC